CAAUUUUGGACUGAUAGUCAGUGCCCUCAGAUAGGCGGGACUUGGCCUUUGUUCUCUGCCAUGGGUAAAGGCAGGAGGGAUGUGAAGGACAAGGCGAAGGACUCCAAGACCAAGUCUAAGGUGAAGAAGGAUAAGAAGGAAAAGAAGAAGAGCUCAUCCAGCUCUUCUUCGGAGUCUAUUGUCGUCGAGGAUCCAGCAGUGAUCAAAGAAGUGGCUCAAAUUGCUUCAACGUUUGGGUUGAAGCCGAAAGGCUUGCAGAUCACGAAGAAUAUGACCCGCCUGGCAGACCUCAAGGUUGCCCAGAUUGCCUCAGUGCUCUCUCAGGUUCACAGUUGCCUCACCAGCCAAUGUCUAUUCACCUGUGGUGGCGAAUUGGUCGAGAUACACAGGAAGAAUCUGACAUCUCUCAAGGCACAUGAUGAUGGAAGUGAAGCAGGUCUCCGUGCCCGGAUCACUGCGAGUCAGAAGCUUCAAUGGGCAGAGAAGCGGUGGCGGGAUCGGUUGGUGUCACUGUUCAAGGAAGUCGCUGGUUUGGACAACAUGAGCGUGAUCAGUCAACACUCCAGCCUGGUAAGCUUGAGGAGGACCAUUGCCAAUGAGGUUGCAGCGCAUGAGGCGGCUGCUGACGCUGCUGCGUGGCUUGCCAAGCUGAAGCAGCAGCUUCAGAACUUCAAGUCGGCAGCAGGGGACGACAUGAGGGAUGAUCACAAGCGGCUCCAUCGCACGGGUCGCAGUGGGGUGUCUCCUCGCAAGGGGCGGUCUCCUCGCAAAGGGCAGUCUCCUCACCACAACCGGUCUUCUCGCAAGGGGCGCUCUCCCUGCAAGCGGCGUACUUUGAAGCAUGGAUCUGAGCAUCGGUCACAUCGCUCAGAAGAGUCUCCUUCGGAGGAUAGGUCUCGAUCCAGGAAGCGCACUUCCCCCUCGAGAAGGAGGAGUGGAAAGCACGACGAAGGCAGUGAAAGCUCUGAGUCGGACAAGUCCGAUGGUCUUUUCCGCGGGCGCUUUGCUGUCCGCAAGAGGGAGAAGGAGAAGGCUCAGACGACAAGUAGCAGUCUUUUUGGCAGUACCUUGUCAUCUGGCGAGGACCGCUUCCAUGUCUUCAAGGAAGAGAUUGAGCGGUUCAUGGCGUCAAAAGCUGACCAGCACCUCUUCAAGAAGAUUGUGGCAGCCGAGGGAUUUGAGGAUGCGGAACAGCUCUUGACUGGAAUGGCUGAGGGCUGGGAGCUUGAUGAGACCACAGUUGGCGCCGAGGGAAAGGAGCUUCUGGGUUGUAUGACCUGGGUGGGCCGGCGAUCAGCUAAGAAGAUGUGCGAACGCAUUGCUGGCAACAUGGAAGAGUAUGGAAAGAAGCUGGGCCUUGAGGGCUUUGAGGAGGACACGGAGGUUGUUGCACCGAACAAAAAGGGCAAGCCUAAGGCUACGCACAAGCAGCGUGAGAGUUCUGAGCGUCCUGAACCCGUCCCGCGGGAAUGCCAGAGUCCAACAGAGGAGCUUCCUGGGCUUCCUGAGGUGCCAUUGUCUCCCAGUGGCUCAGAUUGAGCUGCUUUCCAUUUCUUUUGCUGAGCACAGUUCAGCUGUUUGAGCGUCCAGUGUUCGUC